AUGCGAGAUACCACCUCCCUCAGGUGCGCCCUCCCCAUCGCCUUCCACACCUCGCUGUCACUGCGCUCGCUGAACGGAUCUAUGUUGAAACGCAAUGUGCCUGGGGGGAGUGGAGGGGGGUUGGAGGGGGGGUGGAGGGGGGGUGGAGGGGGGACGGCAGGGAGGGGGGAGGGGGGACGAAAAGGGGAGCGGAGUGGAGAUGAAAAGGGGGGCGGAGGGGAGAUGGAAGGGGACGGAAAGAGGGGUCGAGGAGGGGACGGGGGCAGAGGGGGGACGGAAGGGGGGAUGGAAGGGGGGAAGAGGGGGAAACAGGGAGGGAUGGACGGAGAGGGUCAAGAGCCUUCUGAGUCUCUCCCUCCCUCCCACACCUCCUCAUCACUAGGUCACAGGCAUCUACUAUGUCGACUCUCACAACAUCACCGAGUCGCGCCUUCAAUCACACCUCUGCUUCCUUUCUUCCCUUCCACCAGCCUCUGUCCUGCCGUCCCCCCUCUCCCGUCUCUCAUCAACCCCCAGGCCACGCGCAUCUACUAUUUUAACUCUCACAACAUCACUGAAUCGAGCCUUCAAUUCAGAAUCACCGUUGCCGAACCAGACUACGACCAGAACGACAACAAAGGCGUGGCUCGGAUAUAUGGCCUGGUGGACGACGGACCUCUCACCCAACCUCUAGGCUCGGUCCGGACCGACAUCCCGAACCUCCGCCUCGCGUUCCCAAACCACUUCCACCACCGAGUCGCGCCGUUCGAGGUACAGGACAAAACCCGUGCCAGCCACAGGAAGAUUCUUGUAUUUUUCCUGGUGGAUCCACGUGUGGUGAUCGUAUCUAUUGCGCGCGUGCCACCUCAGCAGCUGAGCUGGCAGAGAAGGGAGCUGGAGAGAAAAGGCCAUCCGUGCUCGGUCCUGCCUGGGUUAGCUAUAGAUUUGAUUGCUAAAGGAGUGGGUGGGGGAGAGGGUGGGGGAGACGAUGGGGAGGAGGGUAAGGGAGAAAUUAGUGGUGUGGAGAGAGGUGGGGAGGAGGGUAGGGUUGAUGAGGGAGGAGAUGGAGGGGAACGGCAGGGUGUAGGGGGAGAGAGCAGGAGUGUAGAUAGAGAGAGCAUGGGCGGCAGGGGUGCAACGAUGACAAUGGAAAAAGCAAAGAAGUACUGGGAGACUCUAAUGGAAGAGAGGAGGGCGCUGGUUCAGCUGGCCAAUGAGGAGCACUUUGAACGCCCCUUCUCGCUCUGCGAACACUGA